AAUCAUUCCAGAAGGAUCUAAAUUGGGGAUGUGAGGGUCAAUAAAGGAAAUGUAAUGUAUCUUUAUCUCCUUGUGUCACUGAUAUGAGAAUGACAGGGGUCCGAAGAACCGUUCCGUAAAGUGAUUGUUUUUGUCUGUGUGUGUGUGUGUGUUAGGCACAAGUCAUUCCUACGUAAGAGGGAAAUACUUUCAUUACGAGUAGAGAGUUAGACACCAGAGGCAUCUAAAGAGGAGAGAGAGAGAGAUCGGAUGUAGAAUCUGAGGCUAUAAAUCAGGAGGCUCUUUGAAGAUCAGGAGGCGCUUGUUGCUUCUGAUCAGUGCGAGAGGGACAAAGUGCAAAGGGAUUCUCACCUCGCAAUCUUCUGCAGAUCAAAUACAGGAUGUUCAGCCAGGGCUUCGUGACGCUCUCAGUUCUCCUUGUCGUGUCUGGAAUCUCAUUGAAAGCUCACAAGGUCAAGAGCGAAAGGCUUGCGGGCAGCUAUAGCAAGGAGGAAAGCGAACACAAGACGGCAGAGGAGGCAAUGGAAAGACUGCUGGCCGUAAGAAUCCUCGACAGGAGCCUCGGGAGCCUCCUGACCGAUGGGCCACCGGUGGAGAAAAGCAAGCGGCCUCCUGACCCCUCGCCCAUCAGACGCUCCCCGGGCAAGGUGACGUACUGGCCCAGAAGGACCUUGGCUUUCCCGUUCCUGUCCCUCUUUGGUUUGCAGCGGGGGAGGGAGUUGUUGUUGUCCAGGAGGAACAGCAAGGGCAGCAGGUUCUCCUUGUCUCUGGAUGUGCCCACCAACAUCCUGAGCAUCCUCAUUGACCUCGCCAAGGCGAGAGAUAUGAGGGCAAAAGCCGCAGCCAAUGCCGAAUUGAUGGCGCAGAUUGGAAAAUGAUGUGGGUUUUGAGUGAGGGGGUGGAGGCAGCUUAAAAGAAAAAUUAACUUAAAGCUGCACUAUUGCUUUUUAUUUUUGUCCUGAUUACUUAACUUGUAUUACACAAC